CGGAGUAAUACCAGAUAUCAGGCACAUCGGUACAGUGGCGCAAAGCGCGGAAGACCUGUGAGCCGGGCGGAGCAUCAGAAAUCCAUACAGUCGAUUAUUUCUUAGCCGCACACAUCUACUAAACACACUAACCAUCAUCUUAAAAUGGCAGACCAGCUGACAGAGGAACAAAUUGCUGAGUUCAAGGAGGCCUUCUCACUGUUUGACAAGGACGGAGAUGGCACCAUCACCACCAAGGAGCUGGGCACAGUCAUGCGCUCGCUGGGCCAGAACCCCACAGAGGCAGAGCUCCAAGACAUGAUCAACGAGGUGGACGCUGAUGGUAAUGGGACUAUUGACUUUCCUGAGUUUCUGACCAUGAUGGCGAGGAAGAUGAAGGACACCGACAGUGAGGAAGAGAUCAGAGAAGCCUUCAGAGUUUUUGACAAGGACGGCAACGGCUACAUCAGCGCUGCAGAACUGCGUCAUGUGAUGACGAAUCUGGGUGAGAAACUGACUGACGAGGAGGUGGAUGAGAUGAUCAGGGAGGCUGAUAUUGAUGGAGACGGCCAGGUUAACUACGAAGAGUUUGUCCAGAUGAUGACUGCAAAGUAAAUCGGAAAAAGCAAAGGACCUUUCACCACAAGACCAAACAGUGGGCAGCACUCACUGUCAACACUCAACAAGCAUUCAACCAUCCUCCUAAUUAAUAUUAUUUUUUCCGCUUUGCAUUUGGUUGCCCCUCCUGCCCCUCCCCUACAUCAGUGUUUGCUUGAUUCAGGUGCAUCAGCUGUGUUUUUAUCUUUUUUAUAUGCUCAAGGUUUUUUUUCCAUUAACAACAUACGAGCAUACAGAUUCUAAUGCGUUUAAUCAAGAGGAACAAGUGAACAAUAUUUUAAGAUGAUACAUAUAUAUACAUAUAUGUAUGUGUGACGAAGAGUAUUGCAUGCUUAAUUUCUUUGGGAGUGUUUUUUGUGCUUCUCUGCUUGAAUCCUUUUUCUAUUGUGCUUUCUCAACCCCUUGAGAACAUUGCAUAGUCUCUUUCAACAGACGGUUGUAAAUGUUUGCUCCAAACUGCCCAGGACAGGAUUAUAAAAGACAUGUAGUAGAUUAUAAAAGACAUUUAGUGUUUUCAUUGUAUUGUAUUUCAAGACAGAUAAGCAAGUAAUUUCUGACAACAUGAAGUUUCUUUUAAAUGGUUAUACCAAGCAAAUUUGUUCAAAACCUGACUGACUUAUAAAAACGGUUAGUAAUUAUAACAUGGUUAUUUAAAAGCUUGGUGGGAAGUAUUACAAUUCAAUAAUAAGAUAUUCAAAUUGAUACACAAUGAGUUCAUCACUCAGUCAAGUUAAUUGUUUUGAGAUUGUCAGUUUAUCCUCUAAACAUGAAAUUGCCCAGACUCAGUUGUCUGUUUUCACAAAGUGGUGAAAGAGACCUCAAUCCGUUCACCACGUGAUCCAUUUUCAAACUCAGUGGUGGUUUUAAAGGCAUCCUUGCAAAAAGAAAGGGACAUUUCUCAUCUUACCGGUGGAAGGUUGAAUUCAAGAUUUUUUGAGAUUGUGCUGCUUGUGGUUUUGUACCUAACUUGUGUUAGUGAAUAAUCUUGUGGUCUAAUGUGUCGAAGCUGCCCUAUGCUUCUGGCCACACCAUACUGCAUGUUCAGUUAGACAGCUUCUUACUUUGAUGUAUUUUGAUUUCUUUCUCCCAUUCCCUAAUGACUUUUUUUUUUACUGUUCUGAAAUGUUUCAUUUUUGAAGACUUUGCCAGUUACCUGUUUCCCCCCCCCCCCCUUCUCCUGUAAAGUCAUACACUUUUGGGGUGAAUGAGAGAUUAUGCAUUCCAUUGGCUAAACUCAUGUCAGUUUUCUUGCUAAAUAAACUCUUUGACCAGUGUUUCUACA